AUGCGUAUCCUCCCGAACCGCCUGCUCUCCUCCUCUCCAUCCCCAUCCAUCGGUGCGAAUUCACGAAGCGAGAGCCCAAUGCGACCCAAGAACGACGGCUCCGGCCUCACGGGCAGUCCAGCCUCUGGACUGGCCCUCAAGGUGGUCAUCAUGCGGGCAAGGAAUCUGGCAGCCAAGGACCGUAGCGGGACCUCGGAUCCGUAUCUCGUGGUCACACUUGGUGACUCUCGGGUUGUCACCCACUCCGUCCCCAAAACGCUGAAUCCCGAAUGGAACGUUAUCGAAGAGCUGCCCAUCAGCUCUGUACAAAAUCUGGUGCUCGACGUCAUUUGCUGGGACAAGGACCGUUUUGGCAAAGACUACCUCGGCGAGUUUGAUUUGGCGCUCGAGGAGAUCUUCCAGAACGAGCAACCCGAGCAGGAGCCGCGCUGGUUUCCCCUCAAGAGCAAGCGUCCCGGCAAGAAGACGAGCAUCGUUUCCGGCGAGGUGCAGCUCCAGUUCACUCUGUUUGACGCCACAGACCCUACCAUCUCUCCCCAGCAGUUGUUUGAAAAGUUCUCUACUCUUGUUGGCUCGGUCCCUGUCGGCUCGUCCCGAAAUGGCCUGAAAAAGAAGAGACGGCAGAAUCCAUAUGCUUUUACCAACGGCGACUCUGAUGUUGUGGGAAUCAUCUAUCUUGAAAUCUGUAAGAUCACAGAUCUUCCACCCGAGUCCAACUUGACCCGGACAGGCUUCGAUAUGGACCCGUUCGUUGUGGCAUCUCUUGGCAAGAAGACAUACCGCACGAGGCGGGUUCGACACAACCUCAACCCAAUUUUCAACGAGAAGAUGAUUUUCCCCGUCCAGGGCCACGAGAAGCAAUAUUCAUUCGCUUUCACAGUCAUUGAUCAUGAUAAAUACUCUGGCAACGACUUCAUCGCCUCUUGCAACCUGCCUAUCCAGACUCUUAUAGAAAAAGCGCCACAGGCAGACCCGGAAACAGGGCUGUACGAGGUCCGAACUCCAGAGCCAGAGACACCCGCCCCAGUUGCCACAAAAUCUCGCCUCCAACGUCUUGGAGUGUCUCGUUCUUCGUCGACGUCGAGCCUAAGCAAGAUGAUGCGGUCACAGGGGCCACCUCCUCGAUCUGUUCCUUCAAAUGGCGACGGGGUCGCUCCACAAUCUAGCAGUUCAUCAUUGUCACCCGCGGAUGCUCUCAAUAACUCUGUCGUUGAAGCGUCACCAGAGAUGGAUUCAGAGGACCCCGAUUUUUCAGAGUACUCUAUACCACUGAAGAUGAAGAACUUGGACAAGUGGGAAAGCAAGCACAACCCAAUCAUCUAUCUCAAGGCCAAGUAUGUGCCAUAUCCAGCUCUCCGCCAGCAGUUUUGGCGGGCGCUGUUAAAACAGUAUGAUACAGACGAAAGUGGCCUCAUUAGCAGGAUUGAGCUAAGCACGAUGCUUGAUACUCUGGGUUCCACCUUGAAAGAUUCCACAAUCGACAGCUUCUUUUCACGCUUCCCUCACAAGGCUGCUGAUAACGAAGACUCAUGGGAGCUGACCUUUGACGAAGCCGUCCUCUGUCUCGAGGAUCAACUGCAAGCCAAGACCCGAUCUGGAUCCAAGACUCCUACUCUGGAUGUCAAGAACCUCAGCCUUUCCAGCAGGUCUGAUGAUUCGGUCGGACAGCCACGCUCCGAGGGCUCGGGAGAUUCGACGCCUCAGAUUAUGGUUGAGCCACCAGCCGAGGCCACCACGCCAAACGACGAAGGGGAAGAGGGGUAUUUUGACACCGAAGACAGCAAGGAAGAGCAUGUUGUGGAGAUUCGGGAAUGCCCCAUCUGCCACCAACCCCGUCUCAACAAGCGCAGUGACGGCGAUAUCAUUACACACAUUGCUACGUGUGCAAGUCAAGACUGGCGCCAGGUCAACACCGUCCUCGUGGGAGGUUUCGUCACGGCCAGCCAAGCGCAGAGGAAAUGGUACUCAAAGGUCAUCACCAAAAUAUCCUACGGUGGAUACAAGCUUGGUGCCAACUCGGCAAAUAUUCUGGUUCAGGAUCGCCUCACUGGGCAGAUUAACGAGGAGAAGAUGAGCGUUUAUGUGCGACUGGGCAUUCGACUGCUUUACAAGGGCCUGAAAUCUCGAGAUAUGGAGAAUAAACGCAUUCGGAGAAUGCUCAAGAAUUUGAGCAUCAAGCAGGGCAAGAAGUUUGACGAUCCUGCUUCGCGAGAUGAAAUUGAAAAAUUCAUUGAGUUUCAUCGUCUGGACAUGUCUGAGGUGUUGCUGCCGAUUGAAGAAUUCAAGAACUUCAACGAAUUCUUCUAUCGUGCUCUUAAGCCUGGCGCCAGGCCGUGUUCAGCGCCAGACAACCCUCACAUUAUCGUCUCGCCGGCAGAUUGUCGAAGCGUUGUCUUCAACCAACUCACACAAGCGACCAAGAUUUGGGUCAAGGGCCGCGAAUUCAACAUGAAGAGGCUACUUGGAGAUGCUUACCCGGACGACGUCUCGCGAUUUGAGAAUGGUGCUCUGGGCAUCUUCCGACUGGCCCCUCAAGAUUACCACAGAUUCCAUAUCCCUGUGGAUGGUGUCAUGGGUAAGCCUAAGACCAUUGCCGGCGAGUAUUACACAGUGAACCCGAUGGCGAUUCGUUCAGCAUUGGAUGUUUACGGUGAGAAUGUGAGAGUGCUGGUGCCGAUUGACAGCGAAGUCCACGGGCGGGUCAUGGUGAUCUGUGUCGGCGCCAUGAUGGUGGGUAGCACAGUCAUCACACGCAAUGAAGGUGAGCGUGUGCGUCGCGCUGAGGAGCUUGGCUACUUUGCAUUUGGCGGCAGCACAUUGCUGGUGCUAUUUGAACCCGGCAAAAUGCGAUUCGACGAUGAUCUCGUGGAUAAUUCUAACGGAGCUCUCGAGACAUUGAUUCGAGUCGGCAUGUCAGUUGGUCACUCGCCUAACCAAGUACAGUGGGCUCCAGACAUGCGGAAGAAUGAGAAGGACAUCACAGAGGCAGACAAGCAGGAUGCGAAGCGACGAAUCCAGGGCAGCGCGGCGAUGGAAGAGGAGUCGCCCGGAGACAGUGGCGAUGAUGGUCGGGCCAAGAAGAGAAUGUCCAUGCCACCCACUGUCAACACGAUGGCAGCAUCAGCCCUGUAGCAAGAGACGGCGAGGACACACCAUCAUUGUGCCUGGUUAGUUUUGUAACGGCUAUCGUACAUUAAGGUUGAGAGAUGAUUGCUGUCAUUGGAUACAACUUGCAUGGAAACUUGAGGAUUAUGGGAUAUUAGCAUGUUUACUAGCAGAUUAUAACGUGGCGCCUCAGCAGCAUAUAUAUGUGUGUGUUUUGUUUUG